AUGGAGGCCUUCUCUUGCCUCUGCGGUGUGGGCUCUUUACGGGGUUGUAGGUGUCAUCAGAAGCGCCAGAGCCCAGCUGAGACAGCAGCAGCUGAUGGCAACCAGGCCCCCGCAGAAAAGCAAGUCGAGGCAGAUGCCACAGCUCGGCGCUGUGCGGGGAGUGGAGGAAUCGCGAGCCCCAUGCCGCCCCCGCACUGCUCCCUGCAGGACUUUCCCGUGGAGAUGCUGGUGGAGAUCUUCGCCUCGCUUCCCGGCAGCGACCUGCCCAGCCUGGCCCAGGCCUGCACCAAAUUCCACCACAUCCUGCACAUCGACAGCAUCUGGAGACGGCGCUGCCGCGAGGAGUUUGGCGAAGUCUAUGCGAAGCUGUUCCCAUACAGACACAUUUUGGGAUUGUGGCAGCUAAAUUACAGCUAUAGAACGCUGCUGAAUGUCGUGGUGGACGGCUUAUGCAUUACUGGCUGGGCGUACAGGCCUUCCCUUAACACCCAUGUGCGUGGCCCAAUACAUUUCAAGCCCUCGUUCAGAAUUCGCCUGACGGAGAGGAAACCAGCCACGGUGGAGUGCAUGGAAGGCCUCCACAGCAGGCCCCACCACCGCCACAUGCAGACUCAGAAGGACAGGUUCACCAUCCAGUGCAUCAAGACAGACCACCGAAAGGAUUCACCAACGCGGCCUUGGGACGAACGGGGGCGGGUGCUGGUGCAGGAGGACGGACAGCAGUAUGACUGCCUGACCUACCGCCGCCUCUACCUCCCGCCACGCCACCCGGACGACCUCAUCAGGCCAGGCCUCUUCCAAGGCAAAUACGGCCUAAUGAUUGCCAUGCUCAGCUUCCAUGGGAAGUAUGCCAGGGUCACCAAUAUCACGGGAGACUCCAACGGGAUGUUAGAGAUCCACCUCAUGCGCCGCAUCCAGCUGCGAGAUGGCGAGAUCUUCCGCAACUUCAACAAGCUCUCCCGCGUGGUCCAGGAGAUUGACGAGCUGGUGAUCCCGGAGCAGCGGCAAGAAGACGGGACUGAGGAAAGCCAGGGCCAUGGCUGGCAGAGCCCUGCCCAGCCCAGUGUCGGGGAGGCCGGGGCUGCAGCUUCGGAGGAGCAGCCUGUCCGGUUUGUUCUGCCUGUGGGCGUGCGCUCAAGUGACCAGAACUACCCCCGCACCUGCAGGAUGUGUUUCUAUGGCGUGGACACUGUUACUGUUAGCUUACAUGGCUUCACCUACACCUGGCGCCACCCUGGAGUCUUCAUCCUGUUUGAUGAGAACCACUUCGGGUUCAUCUGGCUGGAGGGGAAACACUUCUUCCUGUACGUCAGAGUCCAGGACACCUUCCAGAAUUUUAACAACAGUAAGAACUCUGUUCACUGUUUUGACAAAUAUUCUGAUACCCUGAAUGGCAAGCUGGAACUCUCAUUAAAGGUUCUUGUCCUAUGA